AGGGACGCAGGUGAUGUCCCGGCAUGCAACGCGCCGCCCCUUCCUUUUUCCCUCCAUCUUGGAUGCCAGUGCGGUACAGCACCAGGAUUAUAGAAACCCAAAAUGUCUGGGAGACUCUGGUGUAAAGCCACUUUUGCUGGCUACAAGAGAGGUCUCCGAAACCAGAGGGAGCACACAGCCCUCCUGAAGAUUGAAGGAGUCUAUGCUCGUGAUGAAACAGACUUCUAUUUGGGCAAAAGAUGUGCCUAUGUGUACAAAGCAAAAAACAAUACAGUAACUCCUGGUGGCAAGCCUAACAAAACCCGUGUGAUCUGGGGAAAGGUGACCAGACCUCAUGGGAACAGUGGAAUGGUCCGUGCCAAGUUUCGCUCUAACCUUCCGGCCAAGGCCAUUGGACACAGGAUCCGUGUGAUGCUUUACCCAUCAAGAAUUUAAAUAUUUUGAAAAUAAAAAAAACUGUCUGGAUCUUGAA